AUGGCUGAUUUCGAUGUGUUAUGCGGUAAUGAAGAUGACAUGAGGAAGUGCGAGACUGUAAAUGCCCUCAGCAGCAAUGAUUUUCAUCAUAUCGCCACGACUUCACCCGAAGAAUGGAGUUAUGCCGAUGUUGCUACGUGGCUUAAUGAACAAGGAUUUGAGAAAUAUGCUAAUAUUAUCGCUUACAGGCAUAAGAUUGAUGGUCGUACAUUGCUUAUGCUAACCGAAAUCGAUUUACGGGAGAAACCAUUGGAAUUGGAUUGUCUUGGUGACAUCAAACGCAUUGCUUUGGCAAUUUCGCGAUUAAGAGCGGACUUAACGCCUUUAGGAGCAAUGUUGAAGCAAUCAAAACGAUAUCGAUGCAGUUGUAAUCAAAGCAAUCAGGAAAACAUGGAUACGUCAGUGAUGCAAAGAAGUAUUCAGUUGGCUGUCGAAAGCAGUAGGAGUCAACUAUCAUUUCCUGAUAGUGAUCUUUUAUUAACUGACUCCUGUGAUCUUCCGGUCAAUAUUGAUUAUGAUAAUGGAGUGUUGCCUGUUGGAAGCCCUUAUUCGAAAACUUUUUCUAAAACAAGCAAAACCGCACAAUGUAUUCUGGGUGAUGUAGCUACAAAUUCAUUAUAUGAGGGACGGUUAAAGCAAAUGCACCUGCUGAGCAGGGACGAUUUAAUACGACAGGUGGAAAGUCCCGAUACAAGAUUGAAAUCAUUUAUAAAAUUAACUAUUGCUUUUUGUUACUGUACGUCUUCUUUAUUGAUUACUGCUUUUGUAAUGGUUCUUGUACAUGAUCGUGUACCAGAUAUGAAAACGUAUCCACCUUUACCAGAUAUCGUGCUUGAUAACUUGCCACUAAUACCAUGGGCUUUUCAAGUAUGUGAAGGAAUAGCGAUUUUUCUUGCAUUACUAUGGUUCACAAUUUUGUUCUUCCAUAAGCAUCGGAUCGUUAUAAUGCGACGUAUGUUCUCGUUGGUUGGAACUGUCUUCCUUUUACGUUGUGUUACAAUGCUAAUUACAUCCUUAUCUGUGCCAGGUCCUCAUUUGGAAUGCCAUUCACAGAGUUAUGGUACGUUUGUCGCAAGACUGCAACAGGCUUACCAUAUCUGGUCACGCUUUGGUAUGUCAAUUCAUGGUGUACGAUCAUGUGGUGAUUAUAUGUUUAGUGGACACACAACAGCAAUGACGUUACUAAACCACUUUAUCACUGAAUAUACACCAGAUUCAUGGCAUAGUUUACAUACAGUUACUUGGGUUUUAAAUCUGUUCGGGAUAUUUUUCAUUCUGGCUGGUCACGAACACUAUAGUAUUGAUGUAUUCAUUGCAUUCUGCAUCUCAUCUCGAAUGUUUUUAUAUUAUCAUGCAUAUGCAUAUCAAUUCAGUUUGGCAGGGAGCGAUAAGCGAAUGAGGUUAUGGUUUCCGCUUGGCUGGUUUUUUGAAGCUGGCGGACAAGGUCGUGUGGCAAAUGAUUUUGAUCUUCCUCUGUAUUUUCCUGUAAUUUCGUUUCCUUCAUUUGGAAAACGUCCACCUAUGAAAAAUGAGGAAAAAACAGACUUGGGUAAAAAACCUCUACCGAAGCUCAUUGCGGAUGCUUGCUUUUCAGUGGACUGCAGCAAACUUAAGAGACGCAGAAAUAAAAAAAUGGAGCUUCAAUAUGCGAAGAAAACUUUUAAGAAAAAUUUUUCAUGA